AUGGAGAAACUUGUUUCAAAUUGGUACAAUGUGCGGCCUGUGCCGGAGGAUUACAUAUUUCCACCAGAAAAAAGACCAGGAAACGUUCAUGUCCCACUUGGUGAAGGCAUCCCGGUGAUUGAUCUCAGCGAAACAGAGAAAGGUGGCCGACCUCUUACCAUUCAGAAGAUCCUCACGGCUGCUCAAGAUUCUGGAUUCUUCCAGGUGAUUAAUCAUGGGGUUUCGGAGAAUCUAAUGAAUGAAACAACAAGUGUGCUGAGGGAGUUUUUCCAGAUGCCAAAUGAGGCCAAGCAACAUGUAUACACAGAAGACAUGAGCAAGAAUUGCAUUUUUUCUACCAGCGGUCUGUGUUAUGCCAAAGAGAAGGUUCAUCUCUGGCGUGACUUCUUGAAACACCCCUGUCAUCCUCUAGAAAAGUGGCAGCAUUUUUGGCCCCAAAGCCCAACCAGAUACCGAGAGAUUGUUGGGGCUUGCUCAGUGGAAGUUAAGAAACUGUCUUCAAGGAUCCUGGGGUUGAUCAGUGAAGGUCUUGGCUUGAAAUGUGGAUAUUUUGACGAUGAACUAAGUGGACGUAUGCCACUGUGGUCCUUUCUCUAUCCACCAUGUCCAGAGCCAAGUUUGACUCUAGGAGCAUUCGAGCAUGUUGACGCUAAUCUCAUCACCAUUGUGCUUCCAGACGAAGUAUACGGCCUUCAAGUCCUCAAAGAUGACAAGUGGAUUGGCGUUGAGCCUAUUCCUCAUGCAUUUGUGGUCAACAUAGGCGCCCUCCUACAGGUGAUAAGUAAUAAUAAGCUAACGAGUGCGAAGCACAGAGUGAUCACAAAUGAAAGUAGAUUUCGAACAUCGGCUGUUUUUUUUGUGACUGCUUUGGAGGACUGUGUCAUAGAACCAGCACAAGGUAUUGUUGAUGAAGUCCAUCCUGCCAUUUAUAAACCCUUCACCACUAAGGAUUUCGUUGCCAAAUUCCUUGAAUGUGGUGCGGACACAGAGGCAACUUUUAGUCAUUUCAGGGCAUAA